GUACAGAUUGUAGUAAUGUAAUUAAUGGAGUACACCAAAUCCAAAUGAGAUUGUAGUUAUGUGUAUAAUAUAACGCAAAUCCAAAUUAUACAACGUGACGGCCUUCAAUUUCUCUCUCACACAGAAUUCCAUUGCUCAUCAUAACCAUAAUCCCUCGCUCUCAACCACAAUUUAUGCUCUCAAAUCCAACUGCCGUGCAACCUUAAUCAUGGCUUUCGAUUGCAACACCAAUCACCGCAAACCGCUUCUCUUCUCCGAUUUAUUCAAAAACCCCAACCCAACCGACAAAGACCACAUCAUAACCGCCUCCGCCUCCAGCCCUAGCUCCAAUUCCACUCAAUUCCUCUCUUCCUGGGACUCCUCCUCCUCCUCCUCCUCCGAGCCCGACGACGCCGAUUUCAUCGCCGAAUUGACUCGCCAGAUGGCGGAGCGUAUGCUCGACGACGACGAAGAACAUCCCGCCGAAUCCGUCCAUCAGACCAAGACGAAUGGCUACAAAAACUGCGGCGCCGAAACCGAGUUGGACGAACUGACUCAGCCUAUUAUUCAGGUGUGUGAGUUGAAGAAUCAGGCGCCGGCGAGGAAGGAGCGUCGUCGGGGAAGACGAGUGAGGCGGAGCGAGUCGGCUCAGCCGAACCAAUUGCAGAAAACAGAGCAGCAAUACAGAGGCGGCUUAGAAUGGGGCGGAGUUGGGAUAAAUGGAUAUCCCGGGUCGGGUAUGCAGGCGGUUUUUCUUGGCGGAUCCGGGCCGCGACUCGGGUGUACUGGAACCGGAGUUUUCCUCCCCCGUGAUCCGACUGAAUUAAAUAAGAAAUCAGGUUGCUCUAUGGUGUUGAUGCCAACACGGGUGCUUCAAGUGCUGGAAAAACACUUUAGCAGCAGAAUUCAACAAGAUUCCAAUGGCCCACCCUUGGGUGGUGGGCCCCUCACAGAUGAACCUACGGAGUCAAAUGGGCUUGAGUUGGGAUCAUCUCCGGAUAUCAGCGAGGUGCAACUGCCACAAGAAUGGACGUACUAGCUAUCAAACCUCGUCCCACGCCCAUUAAUAAUGUAGGGUUCGUCCAAACUGACCACUCUGCUAAGGGGCAACAUGAACAAAAAUAAAUAGAAAUUCAUAUGAACAGGUUGGGAAAAUCAUAUUAAAUGAGGUUCAGAAUAAUAAUAUGGCUCUCAUUUUCUGUCUGUAAAUUUAGUAUGAAAAUGAGGGCCAGCCUUCCUAUUGGAUAUGAAUUAAACAGUUGCAAGUUGCAUAUUGAUUGUAAAUAUGUAGGGUAUGUGUCGCUUAUUCAUGUUACAAAGUUAGCUGUAUAUGUAUAUAGCCUUGCUUUGAAUUUGUGUAUAUAAAAAUAUCAGUUGGUAUUGUUGUCA